AUGCAUGGGCUUGGUGGAGAGGUUGAUGCCGGCCUGGUGCGGAGCUCUGGCUUGGGCGAGUCGACCAUGGGCGAGUCUGGCAAGGGCCCGUCGACGCGAUGGAGUGGCCUUGUGGACGAGUCCGGUCGUGUGAUUGAGUUGUUCAAGGGUGUGCAGUGGCAACCGUCGGUCCACAUCUGGAGUAAGCGGCCGUGGAUCCGCCAGUUGGCGAUGCUCUCUGUGGUCAUUGGCCUCGCCAUGCUCGCUGGGGUGUGGACGCUCGGGCGCGAUUUUCCCGAAUGGGUGCCGAUGAUGAAGGGUGUGGCUCGACUCUCUGGCUACGUCUUUGCUGUGCUGCGGAUCAACAACCUGUUCCUCACGAUCAUCUCCAAGCGAAUGCGGUACGUACCGGAUCCGUCGGUGACGUACGGAGUCAUCAAUGAGGACGUGCUCAUCGAGGCCGACACCAAGACCAACUACUUUCGCAGCGUGGUGCCACCAGCGCUCGUUGGCAAAUUGGACUCGGUGCACUACCAGUUUAUCAUCAAGCAGCUCAACAACAAGCGGCGCGACUCGGAGCUGUACACUCUCAUUUCUGCACUGCUGUAUAUGAUCUGGCUGGUGUGGUGGUACCUCGAUGGGACAAUCGGAUGGAAGGUCGGCCUCGGCGCCGCCUUUGUCGGCGUCGGUAUCAUCCAUCGGGUGUUCUCGAUCCUGUGGUUCCAGGCUUGGGUGGUCAGGUUUUUCGACGAGGAGAACCUCCGGCUCUGCUACCUCGGCCAAGAGUGGGAGUUUGUCGACUACCCGCGACCGUCGUCGAUCCUUGUCCGCUGCAUUCCUCUCGCUGGCGUCCCGCUCGAGGACCAAAUGCCGCAAGACGCCUCGCACGCUCAUGAUCACGACCUUGACCUCGCCGCCGGUAUAUCGCCCGCCAGCCCAGCCCUCCUUCCGCCGGUGGCGCCCAACCAUAAAGACGAUUAG